GGUCUCCGUUUGAUGUAUUAUCAAUUCCAUCUCCGCAUCAACACUACAAAUCUCUUUCAACAUCUCCAGAUAUAAAAUUUCUACAAAUCUUUCAACAUGGGUUCCGUUGUUCUUCCUCAUCUUGUCACCGGCUGGCAUGUCGACCAGGCUAUCAUGUCAGAAGAAGAGAGACUGGUAGUGAUCCGCUUCGGACGAGAUGUUGAUCCAGAUUGUAUGCGACAGGAUGAAGUGCUUUACAAGGUUGCCGAAUUAGUUAAAAACUUCGCCGUCAUCUACGUCUGCGACAUCGAUCAAGUCCCCGAUUUCAAAACCAUGUACGAAUUAUACGAUCCGGUCACAACGAUGUUCUUCUUUCGAAAUAAACAUAUGAUGUGCGAUUUUGGAACGGGUAACAAUAAUAAGCUGAACUGGGUGCUGGAGGAUAAGCAGGAGAUGAUUGAUAUUAUCGAGACGAUUUAUAAGGGUGCGAAGAAGGGUCGAGGUUUGGUUGUUAGUCCUAAGGAUUACUCGACUAGAUACCGAUACUAAGAUGCUCAUUACGGUGGUAUUGGGGCAAGAAUGUAUUUGCGGCCUCUGAUUGUGAUCAUUUAGUGGGUGUAAAGAAGGGCGUUAAUGGGGGAUUGAUUUGAUGGAAGAUGGAUCCAGAGGAAUGUAAAGGGUUGGUCUCACAAUGAAUUUUAUAAUCGUA